GACAGCCUCGGAGCAAGCGCGACCGCUACAUCUUCAAUUUAGGGCAAAAAACAAACCGUUUUGCCGUUUUUUACCAGAACUUCUGCCUCAGCUCAGCUGCUGCCGGACUAAAUCUGGUGUUUUAUGGUGGUUUAACCAGCCGAGACGACGCCAACGGUGUGUGAGGACACAUAAAUGUAGUCUAAUCGUUUGUUUGUCAGGUGUGACAGACGAAGCCGAGUCUCAGGGAAGACCACUGGCUACAACUUCUUUGAGUCGUCCCUGAGAUCAAGAACUUCAAACUGGCUGAGAUGGAUGAACAAAGCGUUGAGAGCAUCGCAGAGGUGUUUCGCUGUUUCAUCUGCAUGGAGAAACUGAGGGAUGCUCGUCUGUGCCCACACUGCUCCAAACUCUGCUGCUUCAGCUGCAUACGACGGUGGUUGACGGAGCAGAGAGCCCAGUGUCCACACUGUCGGGCGCCACUCCAGCUGAGGGAGCUGGUCAACUGUCGCUGGGCGGAGGAGGUCACCCAGCAGCUGGACACCCUGCAGCUCUGCAGCCUCACCAAGCACGAGGAUAACGACAAGGACAAAUGUGAGAACCACCAUGAGAAGCUGAGUGUUUUCUGUUGGACCUGUAAGAAAUGCAUCUGUCAUCAGUGCGCUCUGUGGGGAGGCAUGCACGGCGGCCACACCUUCAAGCCUUUGGUGGAGAUCUACGAGCAGCACGUGACCAAGGUGAAGGAGGAGGUUGCAAAGCUCCGCCGACGCCUCAUGGAGCUCAUCAGUCUGGUGCAGGAAGUGGAGAGGAACGUGGAGGCUGUCAGGGGAGCGAAAGACGAGAGGGUCAGAGAGAUCCGAAACGCAGUGGAAAUGAUGAUCGCUCGUCUGGACAACCAGCUCAAGAACAAACUCAUCACCCUCAUGGGCCAGAAGACGUCCUUGACCCAGGAGACGGAGCUGCUGGAGUCUCUCCUGCAGGAGGUGGAGCAUCAGCUUCACUCCUGCAGUAAGAGUGAACUGAUCUCCAAGAGCCCAGAGAUCCUGCUCAUGUUCCAGCAGGUUCAUCGGAAACCCAUGCAGUCCUUCGUCACCACGCCAGUCCCUCCAGACUUCACCAGCGAGCUGGUUCCUGCCUAUGACUCCAGCACUUUCGUUCUGGUCAACUUCAGCACCCUGAGGCAGCGAGCUGACCCGGUCUACAGCCCUCCUCUACAGAUAUCUGGACUCUGCUGGAGACUCAAAGUUUACCCAGAUGGAAACGGUGUGGUCCGUGGAAACUACCUGUCUGUGUUCUUGGAGCUGUCUGCUGGACUCCCUGAAACAUCAAAGUAUGAGUACCGUGUUGAGAUGGUCCAUCAGGCCUCCAGUGACCCGACCAAGAACAUCAUCCGGGAGUUUGCCUCUGACUUUGAGGUUGGUGAGUGCUGGGGCUACAACCGCUUCUUCAGACUGGACCUUCUGGCCAGCGAGGGCUACCUGAACAUGCAGACCGACACACUGGUCCUCCGCUACCAGGUCCGCUCACCCACCUUUUUCCAGAAGUGCAGAGAUCAGUACUGGUACAUCAGCCAGCUGGAGUCGGCCCAGAGCGGCUACAUCCAGCAGAUCAACAACCUGAAGGAGAGGUUGGCCAUCGAACUGUUUCGCCGUCAGACAUCACGGAGCUCCUCGCCCCCCGACCUGAGGCUCGCUGCAGGCACCACAGCCUCUGAGAGAGACCCCCGCUCAGUGAAGAGCGACGACGACAUCCAGACCACUCUGACCAACACUAAAAAGGGUGAAGAAGAAGAGAGGACGCAGCACGAUGACUCUAAUGAGCUGUCGGACGGAGACUUAGAGGUGGACUGUCUGACGGAGGAGGAGGUGAACCCGCUGGACGGCAGCAGCACCUCGGGGAGCUCCACAGCCACCAGCAACACAGAGGAGAACGACAUAGAUGAGGAGACCAUGUCGGGAGAGAAUGAUGUAGACUUCAUUGGGAACCUGGAGACAGAAGAAGGAGAGCUUCCUGAUGACUUGGCUGGAGCCACAGGUGGAUCCAGUUCCAGUGUGCGUUCCUUACACCGCAGUGCUGCUGCCGGUCGCAGUGCCAGUGGUAGCGGAGUUGGUGCUGCUGGUGCUGUUGGUCCAGGCAGCAGCAGCCUCCUGGAGAUCGACCCAGUCAUCCUGAUCCAGCUGCUGGACCUGAAAGAGCGCAGCAGCGUGGAGUCUCUGUGGGGCCUCCAGCCUCGGCCUCCUGUGUCUCUGCUGCACAGCCAAGCUCAUCCUCACUCCAGGAAAGACCGAGAGCGGCGGCCUCAGGUGGUGCGUCGAUCGGCUCCAGACUCGGGGGUCCUGAUCCGCCUCAAGGCUCAGAUGGCUGAGGUUCGCAGCAAGAUGUCUGAUGUCAAGAGUCAAGUGCUGGAGGCUCGGGGGACUGGAGAGCCCAGGCCUGGGCCCUCAGGGGGCUUCAGUGUGGAGGAGGUGCCCUCUCACCACGCUGACUCAGAAUUGACAGCUUGUCGUAAGCCCGGUGAGCUGGACCUGCUGGGGAGAGCAGCCACAGCUCGGUCCAGGCCCUGCCGCCCUGCCAGGAAAUCUCUGUCUCCUGUCCUGGACAGCAGCAGCAGCAGCAGCUCUCUGGUGGUGAAGAGGAGGAGUCCAGAGGAGAUGGAGAAGGACUUAAGAGGAGCCGAUGUGGCCACAGAGCUCAGCCUGCAUCUUAAAGAGGUGCUGGGAGGUGCAGAAGGAGUACUGAAGGCUGACGGCACCCAGGGCCCCCUUGUGUCUCUCGGCAGCUCCUCGUCAGAGCAGCCCUCCACCUCCAAGCAGCAGUACUCGUCGGAGCAGCAGCUGUAUGGGCCCUCAGGGCCCAGGGACGACAUCUUCUCCUUGGGAGGACCAAGCUACAUGACUGCCAGCAAAAACUGCGGCAGUAGGACCCUGGGGGCGGCCAUGUUGGAGUGUGAAUCUGAAAACUCAGGAAACUCCCAUCAUUCCCUACUGGAGGGACCCUCUGCACAGCCACAGUCAAAUGAGGAUCAGUCGCCGUCUGUCCUGGUGGCAGCAACAAGCAGUGACAGUGAUACUGAGGACGAGGCUCUGCAGAGCAACAACUCUCACUAUGACAACCAGACUCCUCCCUGCACAGGAGAGCAGCUUCUGUCUGAUGACAUGAGUCUGCCUGCUGACAGGUGAUUCCCUCUGAAACCCGCUGCUUUAUCCUGAAAUGGCCGCACGGCGAUGCAAUAAUGUCCCGGAGACGACACACACAUCGCUCGUUACACACAUCUAUAGAGUAGAAACUGCUCGUUAUGCAUGAAGCCGAAAUGAAGACGAUGCAAAGACUCGACUGCUUGUCCAGAAACAGAUUUCUCUUUGUGUCUUGAAUAUUUUCAGAUUUGGAAACACUGGUAAUGACGGCCAGUAAUUGGGGUGGUUGUGGUGGUGGGUGACCACGUAACAUGAGUGUCAUUAAUUUUAUGUGAACACAGUGGAGCUGUAAGAGCUAAAACUGGGCUUUCACCAUAUUUUUUGACCUCGUGUUUUAACCCUGAUGCGUUUCUUGGUCGUCAUUUUAAAGGGAUAAAUGUACUUUCAGUUCUUUCAUGGUCAGUUUAGUAAACACUUGAGAGGAAAACACAACAGCCACAGCUGUUUGUGCACUGACUGAAUCUCUAAAAAUCUUUAAGGCAUAAAAACUGUUGGUGUACUUUUAUUUUGCAAACCUGAACCAUCACAUUUUACCUGAGCUACAGGGCAUUUAGUCACUUUACUUCACUUUAUUCAGCACAAGUCUGCACACCUUCUCCGUGUAUAAAUGCUUUUGUAAAUCAAGUCUACAAGAUAUUUGCAGGAGCCUGAGGAGAAACUGUACAUAACCUGCAGCCUGUCAUAAGAGCUUAGUGUUUUAUAACGGCUUGCUGUUGAUGUUUAGUUCAGCCUGUCUGAGCUUUAGUCUCCACACCUACUCGACUUCCUUCACCCGUGUCCCUGCACCUCCGAGCGUCGGUGCCAAACAGACUUUAUUCACUCCUCAAACACUGACUUCUAGUGACACCGCAGCUUUUUAUUUUCCUGAGGUGAACCUCGUUUAGAGCUCGUUUCUGGUAAUUUAUGUAAAUGUCUCUUAAUAACAGCGGCAGCAGCAACCACCAUGUCUGUCUUUAUGUGACAUUUGCAAAGGUUGAAUGAUCACUGAAUCACACGGCUUAUAAAACUGCUGCCGCUGCUCUGAUGAUGUCUGUGGGCUGAAACUUUGAAACAUGCUGCAGAUCUGACUCCGUAACAACGACAGCGACUGCUGCUUGAACAUCACUGACUAAAGUGCAGCAUGCUCCAAGGCUUCCACCCACAGAGAGCUGCCUCACUACAGUUUAUACACAACUCACAAUGCAGCCAUUGUUUUCAUUUAAAGGAGCAGUUUGACAUUUUUGGGAAAUAUCUGCUUUCUGUUGGAGAGUUUGAUGAGAAUUCAGCUGCUUAGCUUAGCUUAUCUUAGCUUAGCAUAAAGACUGCUAUCAAAGAGUAGUGCUCUCUUCAGUUGGAAACGUAGAGAUAAGUUGCACCUGAGUCAGUGACGCCAAAACAGCCGUCAAACAAAAUACCUGAAAUAUAACAGCUGACAUUUUGACUUGUCGUUGCAGGAAAAUCACAGGUGUUACUAAUAACAUUAAUGAUGCCUCUGUUCUAUUGAAGUGUCCCAGUAAGCCGUGACAGUUGCCCUUUUUACACAGAGAUGGCACUAUGGAGCCGCUACGAGUCCCGUCUUCAUGCCUCCUUCACAGUUUUACACAGAACCAAAUAAUGGCAGCAUCAUGUCGCUCUAGGGUGUGAUUUUAAGAGAGCAUGCUGGCAUCAUGGAAUCUAAAGAGGUGCGACAUGUAACAACAACGCUGGCCUCUAGUGUGACAUAUAGACGUCAGCAGCGUUUUAUACACGAUUACAGUGACACAACAUGGCAGUAACAAUUAUCUACCGUCUGUUAUAUGGCGGCUUAUCUUGUCUUCUGCUCGGAGGGUAAGGAGCUCCUGGACCUCAUUGUUGGAAUUUUUUGGAUGCUGCUAGUCUUAAUUGAGUUAGCUGCUAACUGCUACCGCUACUUUUUAAAUCUCCCACAGUGGGUUGAACACAUCAUCAAAACGUCACACCUCUGCUGCCCAUGAUCUUGCCCUGCUAGCUGACAUCAGACAUUGUUUCAGUGCUGUUAAUACUUCCGAUGCCGGCUUAAAGGCAACACAACUCUGACACACACACACACACACACACAUACACACAUACAUACACAUACACACACACCCCCAAUUCUGUGGUUGUACCUUUUAUACAGAACGGCAAAUCAGCAUUACGGUGUGACAUUCCCUCCUUGAAGAGGCAGUGUGAAAGGGGCUGGUGUGACACUGAUGCAGCUAAAUGGAACUCAGCCAUCAUUAAUGUUAUUACACACACCUGUGCUUUUCCUGCUGUGACAAGUUAACAUGUCCAAUAUCUGGUUUGUAUUUAGUGCUAAAAACGGAGUAAAGACAUCUUUUUAAAGGGAUAGUUCACCCAAAUGACUUCCCUGUGGUGGUAUCUAUCGAUGCAGAUAGUUUUUAUUUGUCCAGGUUUGGAGAUUUCUGCCUCCACACCAGUACAGCAGAGAUGAAUGUCGGGUUUAAAUGAUUGGUUUCAUUAUUGAUGAUUAAUAUACUAAUUAUUUUGUCAUUUAGUCGCAAGGAGUGAUUUUUCUCAUUAAUAUUCUCAAAUAUCGUCUUUUGUCCAAUCAACUGUCCAUAACACAGUUAUUCAAUUAACUGUAAUAGAAAAGUAUGAAUAUAUUCACAUUUCAGAAACUGGAUUUGGACAUUUUUUGCCUUUAAAAAAAGAUUUUAUUGUCAAUAUCCGUUUGGAGAUACUUGGGACUCUCUUCAGUAUUUCCACUAGUAAAACUUGUUGACAGUGUGUCUGUGGAUUA